GCGAAUAGUAGCAGAAGAAGAAUGAUAAAUAAUAAGACAACGAAUUGAUUAAAAUAAGAAGAAGAAUUUUUAGUUAGGUUAGGUUCAUGUGAACCGUUUUAUGUUUGUUUAUUUCUGGUUUUGAAGAUUUGAAUAUGAAGAAAUAUCAAGAAAGGAUUGAGGAGCUGCAGAAUUAUUUCAAGAGUCACAAUAAGUUCAAAGAAUAUGUAGCACACACCUCCAAAGUUCAUUCUGUGGGUUGGAGUUGUGAUGGGAAAAGAUUAGCAUCAGGGUCCUUUGAUAAAUCAGUUUGUGUUUAUACCCUAGAUAGAGAUAGGCUGAACAAAGAACACACGUUCAAAGGACAUGGAGGGUCAGUGGAUCAGCUUUGCUGGCACCAAACUCAUCCUGACCUUCUCAGUACUGCCAGUGGAGACAAAUCUGUCCGAAUAUGGGACACUAGAAUUCAGAAAUCAGUUGCAACUAUCAACACCAAAGGUGAAAACAUUAACAUAACUUGGUCUCCAAAUGGUCAAGCCAUUGCAGUGGGCAAUAAAGAAGAUCUUGUUACAUUUAUUGAUGCCAGGACACAUAAGAUUGAGGCAGAGGAACAGUUUCAUUUCGAGGUUAAUGAAAUAUCCUGGAAUAACACCAGUGAUUUGUUUUUCCUUACAAAUGGACAAGGAUGUGUUCAUAUCUUGAGUUAUCCAGAUCUGAAAAGGCAACACAUUCUGAAAGCCCAUCCAGGAACUUGUAUUUGCAUAGAAUUUGAUCCAACAGGAAAAUAUUUUGCUACAGGAAGUGCUGAUGCUUUAGUUUCCUUAUGGGACAUAAAUGAGCUGGCUUGUCAGCGAGUAUUCACAAGAAUGGACUGGCCUGUUCGCACCAUAUCAUUCAGUCAUGAUGGACAACUUUUGGCAUCUGCCUCAGAAGAUCUGAUCAUUGACAUAGGAUUCGUCGAGUCUGGUGAUAAAAUCGCUGAUAUUUCGGUAGAAGCAGCCACUUUUACAGUCGCUUGGCAUCCUUCUUUGUACCUCUUGGCAUAUGCGUGUGAUGAUAAAGACAGUUAUGACAGGAAACGAGACGCAGGGAGCUUGAAAGUUUGGGGAUUCCAAUCUGACUAAUUGUUACUUCAACAUUUUAGGUUCUGACUAUUUGAUAUUUUUUUGAAAUAUAAAAGUUUUUUUCAAAAGUUUA